GGACCAUUCAACAAGUCAGAGGCGAAUUAUUUCUCGUUCUAUCAUCAUCUACCACGGCCAACCCCCAGAUUUGACAAUGGCUGCUCCUGGAAACAUGAACAAUCUCACCACCUUAAUCAAAAGGUGAGUUCUGUCUGCGUCCAGCCCGCCAGGAGCAGCACACUCUACAUACAUCACGGAGACACUUCUCGACUAACAAUUGGUGCCUGAACAGGCUGGAAGCUGCGACUUCGAGACUCGAGGACAUUGCAAUCUCAGUCGAGGGACCUCUCAGUUCUUCGAACGGAGUCCCUGCUGCCUCGGCGGCCACUUCGACACCUGCAGUCGCCUCCCCUGAACCAGCAGCAGCUGCUGCUCCCGAACCGUUACCAAAGUCCGUCGAAGCCUUUGAUGAGAUUAUUGAACAGGAUAUCGAUGGCUUUGUACAGGCCGCAGGGAAGAUCGGUGGCCUGGUAGAACAACAGGCAAAAGCUGUCAAGGAAGCAUUCGCCGCUGAAAGGACCUACCUGCUGGUGGCUUCCAAGGCCAAGAAGCCAGACAAUCAGCCUCCCGAGCUCAUGACUGAGUUACAUCGACACACCUCGAAUGUAGACGAAAUCCGAGAAGCUAACCGUCCAUCGCCUCUCUUCACACACCUCAGCGCUGUAUCGGAGGGUAUCGUCGCGUUGGGAUGGAUUGUGGAAAAGAGACCUGGUGACUUCGUGACUGAUACACUUGGAGGCGCCCAAUACUAUGGCAACAAAAUACUUAAGGAGUAUAAGGACAAGGACAAGUCGCAUGUCGAGUAUAUCCAGGCUUAUUACAAGAUCUUCCGAUCCCUGGCCGCUUAUGUCAAGGAGCAUUUCCCAACUGGUCUGACGUGGAACAACAAGGAUGGGGUCGAUGCGGUUGCAGCUCUCAAGCAGAUACAAGCCGGUGCAUCGGCUUCGAAGGCUCCAGCUGCUGCUGGUGGUCCACCACCUCCUCCGCCUCCACCACCGCUACCCAAGUUCGAUGAUGAUGGCCCUCCGCCUCCUCCCAUGCCACCAUCUGGCGGUGCGGCCCAAGGCGGAGAUAUGACUGCAGUCUUUGAACAAUUGAAUCAAGGGUCCGGCAUCACAGCUGGUCUGAAGAAAGUGGACAAAUCUCAAAUGACUCACAAGAAUCCCUCUCUCAGAUCGAAUUCGUCUGUACCUCAACGGUCCAAUUCAGGAUCAUCAGCUGGUCGGGGCAAGUCACCACUACCAAACAAGAAACCCGAUAGUAUGAGGUCUAAGAAGCCCAGCCGGAAGGAGCUUGACGGUACCAAGUGGAUUGUGGAAAACUUUGAAAAUACUCAGUCUGAAGUUAUCGAAAUCCCAGCAGAAUUGAAUCACAGUAUCUUGAUCUCGAAAUGCAACAAAUGUGUGCUGAAAGUCAAUGGGAAAGCCAAUGCGAUCUCCAUUGAUAACUGCAAUGGCCUUUCCAUAUUGGUUGACUCCUUGGUAUCGAGUCUGGAUGUCAUAAAGGCAACGAAAUUUGCAGUUCAGGUUGAUGGAGUGGUACCGACUUUGCUCCUUGACCAAGUGGACGGUGCCCAGAUUUACCUGUCGAGCGAGAGUCUGGCAACUGAAAUCUUUACAAGCAAAUGCAGUGCUUUAAAUGUUGUUCUUCCCCCGAAGGACGACUCGGACGAGGAUAGCAAGGAGGUUCCUUUACCUGAACAGAUGCGAACCGUUGUGAAGAAUGGAGGACUAGUGAGUGAGAUCGUGGAGCAUGCUGGUUAGAAGGAGACCUCAAUUCAGUAAUAUAACUAUUUGGUUAUGUAUCAUUAGCGAGGGGAGUUGAAUUGUGGCUAUAGACCAGUGAAGUGACUGGAAGGGCCCUGAAGUUUCUCAUUAGGAAGAAUUGUACAGAGUAAAUUCCGGCGGGUGUGCAUGAUCUUCACACAAGGCUGAGGAUGGUUGAGUGAUUGGUCAAAUCUGGCGUUCUCCCUUACAAGGUACCAUGGAAUAUCUGCCUGGUAUUCACAAAACUUUUUGAGAAUGCUUCCC